UAGCUGAACUGCUUUGUGAUUUAUUUCAGAUUCACUCUUGUAACUAGUCACUGGCUGCAGGAUGUUCUUGACUUUGGCGCUUUUGCGGAAGGGAAUCCCAGGAAAGCAGUGGAUUGGGAAGUACCGUCGACCGCGGGCAGUCACCUGGCAGAUCAAACGCAAUGUGAUGAAACGCCUGGAACAGGAAGCCGAGAAUGAAUACUGGAUCAGCCGGCCAUUCAUGACGCAGGAACAGGAGCAAGGCCACGCAGCACAGAGGCGGGAGUGGAUGUGGCAACAAAUCAAAGCUACACGACAAGCCAAGUUUCCUGAACACAAAUACAUUGCAGACCAACUAAACCACCUGAAAAUCACCAAGACCUGGCCCAGCUAACCAGAACAUCAAAGACUGAUGCAUCUCAGAGUUCGGAAAGAGGGAAUUGAUGAAAACCUAGGACUCUUUGUGUUUGAUUUGAUAUUUUCUGCAUUCUGCAUCUGUAUGUGAUAUGUGCCGUGUUUAUAAAUGACUUCUGAUCAUCA